GCAAUCACAUACAGACAGCAGAACUGGUUCUUCCUCUCACACUUACUCACACUCUAACAGUCACUCGAUUGAGCAAACAGCUGGAAAGGAGAAAGAAUAACAAGCACCUGACAGACGGCUGGUACAGCACUGUUCUCUUGGCUAGAGGAAGACAAAUAAAACAGACAUACCAUUGCUCCUGUAAAAUAACUCAAACCACAAUUCUGAUUAAUUACUGAGGAGGACCUACAUAACCAACAACAUUCUCUAUUGUGGAACAUUGUCCAAUUGGACCUUCAUCCAAUUCCUAUCCUGCACUUACCAACUUCUCUUGCUGGGCUGGUGAUAUCCUUGAAGGAUCUGAAUAACCAUUCAUAUACACUACUCACACAUUCUCUCUUGGUGACUCCUUCUCGUGUUCUGUGCCAUGGUGCUGAGUGAAGAUCACGAGUGUGGCGUAUGCUAUGAGCGCUACUCCCGGAACAGACAUGUUCCCCGAGUGCUUUUCUGCAACCACACGUUUUGCUACCCUUGCCUCGAAACCAUGGCCAAACUGCGGGGUGGUAUGCUGAGUGUCAGGUGCCCGCUGUGCCGCCAAGUGUCCUGUGUGCGCCAUGGUCUUACGCUGGAGGAGGCACUGUGGGUCAACAGCCACCUGUGGAACUGCAUACAAGAGCAUCAAGAGCUGGAAGUAAAGGAGGAAGAUUUGGAAGAAGAAAAAGAGUAUGAGGAAGAAAAGAGAAGGAGCACUGGCACAGAAGCAGCAUCUCCAAUGCAACGUCAAUGCAGGUCGAGGCCAUCGCCCCAGCACGACCGACUCAAACUACGACUACCAGGGUUCCUGAAGAGAAUGAUUGACCCCAGGCAGUCACAGGAAAGGACGGUCCCUGGAUGCAAUGUACGAAUGAAAUUGUGGUGAAGCCUGGUGGGGGAGGAAAUGCCUUAAACUAGGUUAUACCAGACUGAGCUCGCCGCUCUGCAUGAUGAACUCUCACUCUUGUUUUGCCAUUGAAGCCACCUGUGCAUCGUGCCCCUGGCAUAGUCAGUAGUCUUGGAUUACUAAACAAUCAGGAGCCUCAGCAUGUGAUACUGAGCGGGAGUGAAAAACUGCAUCAUGCUCCUGACUGUGAAUGGUUUGACCAAUCUAUCUGCAGGGAUCUUCUCAUUAUCCAUUCCAUCCAUAAUCCUCUACAGCUGCCAUGAUGGGAUCUAUUUCAGCUGUUCCAACACAGACGGGGUGAAGUAGAAAAAGAGCGAUAGUCCCAGAUUGCAGUACGAGGCGGAACAGAUGGCCUCCUGAGACAGCCUGAUUCAAACUGCACCUCAACAACUUUAACUUAUUAUUACUGUUCCUAUUUAUGUCAUUUCUAAUGAUUUUCUAUUAAAGAUUCUUUUCAGUGGA